AUGUCCGACCACGACGCAGAGAGCUUCACGCCAUUGCAAACACAAACACCUGGGAAUGAGGCCGGUGACAGCUAUGUAUACGGCCUCAAGCGAUGGCUGGUCACGCUGUCCGUGACGCUGGUCAUGUUUUUGACAUUACUUGACACGACCAUCAUCGUGACGGCUAUCCCGGAGAUUACUACCCAGUUCAGUUCCUUGUCUGAUGUCGGCUGGUAUGGCAGUGCAUACCUAAUAGCCAGUUGCUCUCUGCAGCCCAUGACAGGCAAGAUGUUUUCCCGUUUCAGCUUGAAGUACACAUUCAUCGCCUUCCUGGCUAUCUUCGAAGCUGGCUCAGCCAUUUGUGGAGCAGCUCACUCGUCCAACAUGCUCAUUGCUGGACGGACAGUUGCCGGGCUGGGAGGAUCAGGGCUGCGAAAUGGAGCGCUCACGAUCAUGUCGGCGUCGAUUCCUUUGGAAGAGAGGCCUCCUCAUUUUGGGGCCGCCAUGGGUAUCGCCAUGUUGGGUGCCGUUGCAGGCCCUUUGAUCGGAGGCGCAUUCACUACUUCUGUCAGCUGGCGAUGGUGUUUCUACAUCAACCUCCCCAUCGGCGGCCUCGCAGCCCUCCUCCUUGUAUUAGUCCACAUCCCUGACAGCAACAGAGACAAGCAACCCAAAACCCUCUCCAGCAUCCUCUCAACUCUACCCAAACUUGACCCCGUCGGCUUCUUCCUUUUCGUGCCCGUCGCAGUCAUGCUCCUCAUGGCCCUCGAAUGGGGCGGAUCAGAAUACGCCUGGAACGGCGCGACCAUCAUCGGCCUCUUCUGCGGGGCCGGCGCCAUGGCCAUCGUUUUCUUCCUUUGGGAAUACUACGUUGGCGACGACGCAAUGAUCCCGUUCUCGCUGAUCCGACACCGCACCGUCUGGUCCUCAUGUCUCGUCAUGUGGUUCCUGUUCGGCGCCAUGAUGGUGUACUCCUACUACGUGCCCAUCUGGUUCCAGGCCGUGAAGGGCGUGACAUCUCUCCAAAGCGGCGUGGAUCUACUGCCGCUCAUACUCAGCCAGAUUGUUGCGUCGAUUAUGUCCGGAGGCUUGGUGCGGAGAGUCGGAUACUAUUUGCCGUUUGUCGUCGCCUGUGGCAUUCUGUUGACCAUCUCGGCUGGCCUAAUGUCCACGUUUCAGGUGGACACGCCGACUGGGAAGUGGAUUGGGUACCAGAUCCUCGGCGGCUUUGGGCAGGGUCUUGGAUUGCAGAUGCCCUACAUCGCCGUCCAAAACGCCCUCCCCGAGGCCAACAACAGCGUCGCGCUCGCGCUGCUGGUCUUCAUGCAGAACUUUGGCGGCGCCAUCCUGCUUGCCAUUGCGGAGACCGUAUUCUCCUCACAACUCGUCUCCGACAUGGGCAAAUACGCGCCCGAUGCCUCGGCCGCCGCAGUCGAGGCGGCGGGCGCGUCGGGCUUCAGAGAGGUAGUCCCGGCGGCGCAGAUAGGUGCAGUCCUCAAGGCGUACAAUGCGGCGUUGACGACGGAGUUUUACCUGGCUAUUGGUUGUACGGGGGCGAUGCUGUUGGUCUGCUGGGGGAUGGGGUGGAAGAAUAUUGCGACGGCGGAAAAGGACAAGGCGGAGAGUAAGCAGCACCAGCUUGAGGAUCGGAAGACCGUUGAGUAG